UAUUUCAGUUGUUGUUAAUAUGCCUGAGCCCGCGAAGUCCGCCCCCGCCCCGAAGAAGGGCUCCAAGAAGGCGGUGACCAAGGCGCAGAAGAAGGACGGCAAGAAGCGCAAGCGCAGCCGCAAGGAGAGCUACUCGGUGUACGUGUACAAGGUGCUGAAGCAGGUGCACCCCGACACGGGCAUCUCGUCCAAGGCCAUGGGCAUCAUGAACUCGUUCGUCAACGACAUCUUCGAGCGCAUCGCGAGCGAGGCGUCACGCCUGGCGCAUUACAACAAGCGCUCGACCAUCACGUCCCGGGAGAUCCAGACGGCCGUGCGCCUGCUGCUGCCCGGGGAGCUGGCCAAGCACGCCGUGUCUGAGGGCACCAAGGCCGUCACCAAGUACACCAGCUCCAAUUUUUCGAGACAAGGUUUCUCUGUGUAG